AUGGACCAUGUCAGCGCACUUUCAACAAAACCGCUCUCCGAAACCAAGUCGGGGCCCCCGGACACGCAACGCGAAGCGGCGUGGCUGAAGCGCAAAAAGGAAUUUCGUCGCUGGCAACGCCGCCGCUGCAAGAGUUUUACGGACUCCGACUUGGAUGAACUCCGAGCUUGCAUUGAACUCGGAUUCGGGUUCGAAUUUGAUUCCGCCGAUUUGGACCCCAAGUUGUCGAGUGCUUUUCCAGCUUUGGACUUUUACUGCGCCGUGAAUAAACAGUUCCACUCCAGGUCCAGGAGUGAUAGCUUGUCCAGGUCUUCUUCGUCGGUGACUGUUGCUAGCUCUGACUCUGACACGUCGCGGUCGUCUGCUGGAAGUUCCUCCAGUUCUCUUUUCGAGCCUGGUGAUGAUCCGGAGGUGAAGAAAACGAGAUUGAGGCAGUGGGUGCAGGUGGUGGCAUGCACAGUUCGACAAUGUUCGCCCAGAUGAAUGUUGUUUUAUCCAUGAUUAACUGGAGACUAAGAAAGAAUGAAAUAAUUGGCAACGUCAA